ACAAGCAGAUUUUGUGAACGACAGUGCCGUAAAGAACGAGGAAAAGCGCAUUCUCUUUGGGGGAAAAAUCAGGUGGAAGUUUAUUCCGUUUGAAAGUAAUCGCGGCCAGUUUUGGCUGCAAUCAUUUCAAACAGUAGUAUGACAAAGAGGCAAUUCCCUGGCUGGACCAUUGACUGACGCGGCUUGUUUCCACUGGCGAGAGCUGGGAGGUUGCCGAGAGCCCGUCUCCCUCCGCCCCGGGCGGCGAGCGCUUUGGAAAGAAGCAGCACAAUGGCGGCCAUGGACCGAGAGAUGAUUCUCGCCGACUUUCAGGCAUGCACUGGAAUUGAAAAUAUUGAUGAAGCUAUUACAUUGCUUGAGCAAAAUAAUUGGGAUUUAGUGGCAGCUAUUAAUGGCAUAAUUCCACAAGAGAAUGGCAUUGUACAAAGUGAGUUUGUUGCCAGUGAACCUUCACAGGAUCCAUUGUAUGGACCUGCUGGUCAGCCCUCUUCCUCCUCUUCCACUUCCUCAGCUUUCUGUCCAAUAAUCCCAUCAAGACCAAUUGUGGAAAGGCAACCAAGAAUGCUAAACUUUAGGGUGGAAUACCGUGACAGAAACGUGGAAGUGGUGGUUGAAGAUACGAACACAGUUGGUGCUAUCAAGCAAAUUUUAGAGAAUGAACUACAAAUUCCUGUGCCACAAAUGCAGUUAAAAGGUUGGAAGUCAACAGAUAUAAACGACAGUACUGUUCUAAGGUCUCUGCACUUGCCUAAGAAUAAUAGCCUUUAUGUUCUCACACCUGACAUGGCUCAACCAGGAGCAGAUGGACCAGCAACAAGUCAGUCUAGUGCCCUGCAGGAAUCAUUAAAUGAAAACUUCAUGCUGAUCAUUACGCAUCGAGAAGCCCAGCGGGAUUAUAGCCUAAACUUUCCGGGCACCAGAACUGUGCAAGAGGUAAAACGUAACAUAUUUGACCUCACGAACAUCCAUGUCCGCCAUCAGAUAUGGGAAGGUUGGCCUGCCUCAGCCGAGGAUGAUUCUGUUACUUUAGCUGCUGCUGGACUCAGUUAUCCCUGCCAUCGACUAAUAGUUAGUAAAAGGCCGUCACCUACACAAACCCGAGAACAGUCUGAAGAGUGCACUGAUGUUCACAUGGUCAGUGACAGCGAAGGAGAUGAUUUUGAAGAUGCGACUGAGUUUGGGGUUGAUGAUGGUGAACUUUUUGGCAUGAUUUCUUCUGGAUCAAAAAAAUCUCCAAUGAUGCCUGAUGAUGCUGAAAAUGAAGGAGAUGCCUUAUUACAAUUUACUGCAGAAUUUUCUUCAAGGUAUGGUGAUUGUCAUCCUGUAUUCUUUAUUGGAUCACUUGAGGCUGCCUUUCAAGAAGCAUUCUACGGAAAAGCCAGAGAUAGAAAGCUGCUUGCCAUCUACCUCCAUCAUGAUGACAGUGUUCUUACAAACGUAUUCUGUUCCCAACUACUGUGUGCUGAAUCUAUUGUCUCCUACCUCAGUCAAAAUUUUAUCACUUGGGCAUGGGAUGUGACACGAGAAGCUAACAGAGCAAGAUUUUUGAGCAUGUGUACAAGACAUUUUGGCAGUGUUGUGGCUCAAACAAUUCGAACGCACAAAACUGAUCAGUUUCCACUGCUUCUUAUUAUAAUGGGAAAAAGAUCAUCAAAUGAAGUUUUGAAUGUGAUUCAAGGUAACACAACAGUAGAUGAUUUAAUGAUGCGGCUGAUGAAUGCCAUGGAGAUCUUUGCAGCUCAACAACAAGAGGAUAUAAGGGAUGAGGAUGAACGUGAAGCAAGAGAAAGGGUGAAACGAGAACAAGAUGAAGCAUACAGAGUUUCUCUGGAAGCCGAUCGAGCUAAGAGAGAAGCACAAGAAAGAGAAAUAGCAGAACAGGUGCGUCAAGAACAGAUUCGAAAAGAACAAGAGGAAGAACGAGAGGCUAUUCGAUUGUCUCUUGAGCAGUCAUUACCUCCAGAGCCAAGGGAGGAGAGCUCUGAACUUGUCAGUAAGCUGCGUAUCAGAACACCACGUGGGGAAUUCUUUGAACGACGUUUCUUAGCAGCCAACGGACUCCAAGUUGUCUUUGAUUAUGUGGCUUCCAAAGGCUUCCCAAAAGAUGAAUAUAAACUACUAAGCACCUUCCCCAGAAGAGAUGUAUCUCAGUUUGAUCCAACUGAAACAUUGCUGGAGGUGAAACUCUAUCCUCAGGAAACUCUCUUCCUGGAAGCAAAGGAAUGAAUUCAUCCUUGGGACUCUGGCUGCCCAGAUAGUUGAUAUAAGCUCAGCUUACGUCUGAAAGUUGCAAGAUCCACUUUUUUUUGUCCAGCUACAUGCCACAACUAUCUGCCUCUUUCAAAAGCUCAAAAUCAACAUCAUCAUUGUAAAACGCCUGUAUGCUGCCAACCUCAGAAGAAAUGUAGAUGUUUACAAAGAUAUAUAGGAGGAAAGCAAUCUGUGAUGAACACUGACUUACAACCUUCACACUAUUCUGGCCUAUGUUUAUUCAUCAAUGCACUAUUCAAAGGUGAAGUGAAUUAUAUUAGUUAGAAUUGGUUUCCCUGUACCCAUUCAACCACAAAAUCUGUAAUACAGCCAGUUUUUGGAGCAAGUGCUUUGAUUUGAAAUUCUGUAUUUGUUUUAAUUCAAUACAUACUUGAGACAAUGCUCAUAAAUGUGCACAAUUCCAUGUCUGGAUUUCUACUUAAAGCCUAAUUUAUAAUGUCACAGUAGGCAUGGGAUAUUUCUUGGUCAUUGAGAUUUAAUGCGAUAAUUUGGACGGUGUAUGAUUUUCAUACAGUACGAUUUUCUUAUUUGGUUUACAACUUCAGUAAAAUGUAAGUGGAGUAUAAUUUUCCAUUUGUAGCCAUCUUUCAUAUUAAACCCGUCUUUUCCUUUCAGGUGGUUACAGAAAUAAA